AUGAGAAUUCCGGCGGUGAGGCUUCUCGACUCCACUCCGGCGAUGAUUCGCGCCUUCGCCUACAGAAACGUCUCUCUCUUUCUCUGCGUUCCAAAUCCGCUUGUUCCAGUGUUCGCUCUGAAUCGUUCUGUGGCAACUCACUGGGUCCAUUCACAUGUUCUUCCGUUCUACCUUUACACCAAGAUCUCAAUCAUCUCCGUCGGAAACGACGCACUUUCAGACUCGCCCGACGUUUCGCCGUUCCUACUCCGAGCAAUGCAAAAUCUUCGCCGAUCUCUAAAAGAGAUCAGGAUCUACAAGAUUUCGGUCUCCACUACCUUCUCCUUCUCCAGCAUCAUCCCCAACGCUUUCCCUCCUUCCUCAGCCAGGUUUCAACAACCCAACGGCGAAGUGAUUCUCAGGCCGAUUCUUCGAUUUCUGGAGAAAACAAAUUCGCCUUUCCUCAUCAAUCUCUAUCCCUAUAUCUAUAAGUCAACUUGCUCUAGCACCAUUGGAUUUGCCCUCUUCGAUGAUUCUGCCUUGAGUGUUACAACAGAUCCAUCAACUCGAGUUAGGUACCGAAGCUUAUUCCACGUCAUGUAUGAUGCUCUCGUUAUGUCCUUGGGGGCGAUGGGUCACGGCACUCUCCCCAUCAUCAUAUCGGAGACUGGUUGGCCUAGCUCGGGAAACGAUGCUGGUGAUGUAGACGCGACCUUUCUUUACAGCACAAUGUUCCUCAGCUCCCUCAACGAUCACUUGAAGAACCCGUCGGUAAGAAAAGAAGGUCCUUUGGAAGUUUACAUAUUUGAGUUUGUGGAUAACGAGCAAGGGGUCAGGAGAUGGGGUCUAUUGUAUCAGAACUUGACAGCGAAAUAUAGGCGAUUUUCGGAGAAGCAAGUUGAGGCAGCGGUUGCAAUUUUGAAGAAAGCUGAAGACUAUUGCAACGACUAUUGA